AUGGACUUACUUGGCCCCAUGGAGAUGACGGAGGGCUCCCUCUGCUCCUUCACAGCCACCGAUGACUUCUACGAUGACCCGUGCUUCAACACGUCAGACAUGCAUUUCUUCGAGGACCUGGAUCCCCGGCUGGUGCACGUUGGGGGUCUGCUGAAGCCCGAGGAGCACCCGCACCACCACGGGCACCACCAUGGGCAUGAGGAGGAGCACAUCCGGGCGCCCAGCGGGCACCACCAGGCUGGCCGCUGCCUGCUGUGGGCCUGCAAGGCGUGCAAGAGGAAGACCACCAACGCUGACCGCCGUAAGGCUGCCACUAUGAGGGAGCGCCGGCGGCUCAGCAAGGUCAAUGAGGCCUUCGAGACCCUCAAGCGCUGCACCUCUACCAACCCCAACCAGCGCCUGCCCAAGGUGGAGAUCCUGCGCAACGCCAUCCGCUACAUCGAGAGUCUGCAGGCCCUGCUGCGGGAGCAGGAGGACGCUUAUUACCCAGUGCUGGAGCACUACAGUGGGGAAUCGGACGCCUCCAGCCCCCGCUCCAACUGCUCCGAUGGCAUGAUGGAGUACAGCGGGCCUCCUUGCAGCUCUCGCAGAAGGAACAGCUAUGACAGCAGCUACUACACAGAGUCCCCAAAUGAUCCAAAGCGUGGGAAGAGUUCUGUUGUUUCCAGUCUUGAUUGCCUCUCAAGCAUUGUAGAGAGGAUUUCCACAGAUAAUUCCACAUGCCCUAUACUGCCUCCAGUGGAAACUGUUGCUGAAGGGAGUCCCUGUUCCCCUCCAGAAGGAGUGAGUCUGAGUGAUGGUGGAGCCCAAAUUCCUUCCCCCACCAACUGCACCCCACUCCCCCAGGAUAACAGCAGCAGCAACCCCAUCUACCAAGUGCUAUAAGGACCCCUCCAGCUGGACUGCACCAAUUUGCUCCGUUUGGCCUUAAUCAAGACCUGCCUUCUAAGGUUGAAAAGACUUUUAAGACUUGUUCCAAUUCUAAAAUAUCACUGAAAAUUCCUUCAGCUAUCUAACUUUGCAAACCUGUAUCACUUCAAAGUACACAUAGUUAUUUAUUGGUUGUUAAACUAAAGUUAUUUAAUACAUCUAGAGAUAAAAUUGUAUACCAUGAAAUCGCCAGUGUUUAAUCUGGGCUGUGGGGAAUAGGAAGCAGGCUCUUGAAUGUGGAGGAAAAUAGAAAUCUCCAGCAGUAGUGGCAUAAUAGAUCCUUCCUGUUCUGGCCAAAAUAAGGUUGUGGACCAUUUUUUAUAAAACUUUUGUAUAAUUGUAAAUAAGAGUUGCUUUC